UCAAUGAUAAUCUGUAGUCUGCAACGGAUAUAUUGCAAGAGUAGUCAUGUCGAAAGUUGCUGUGGUGACGGGUUCCAAUAAAGGCAUCGGUUACUCCAUAGUCAAGGGCUUGUGUCAGAGAUUCGAUGGAGUCGUGUUUUUGAUGUCGCGAGAUGAAACCCGAGGGAUGGAAGCAGUCGCCAAAUUAAAAGAAAUAGGACUAAACCCUGAGUAUCAUCAGCUUGAUAUAAGUGACAGAAGCAGCGUUGAAAAAUUUAGAGAUCACAUCAAAGAAAAGUAUGGAGGAAUCGACAUUCUCAUUAAUAAUGCAGCGGUCGCUGGAGAACUAUUUUCUAUAACAUACGAAGAUGCCCAAAAUGUUAUCGAUAUUAACUAUAAAAGUAUUUUUACUCUAAAAGAAUUGAUUUAUCCAUUGAUUAGAAAUAAUGGUCGUAUCGUCAAUAUUUCGAGUGACUGUGGCCAUCUAUCGAAUAUAAGGAACGAGUAUUGGAUUCAAAGGUUAUCCAAAAAAGAUUUGUCCGAAGCUGAUAUUAAUGAAUUCGUCGAUUGGUAUCUUGAAUCGGUGAAGAAUGGUACGUUUAAUCGUGAAGAUAUCGCUGAUGGCGCAUCUGUUGCAUCAUAUAGAGUCGCAAAGGUAGCUCUGAGUGCUAUAACUAUGGUUCACCAAAGUGAAUUGGAGUCCAAGAACAUUUCUAUCAAUUCAAUGCAUCCCGGACUCGUACGUACUGAUAUGACUAAGGGGGUGGGCUUUUACAGUAUGGACGAAGCGGCUGAAACUCCAAUCUAUCUCGCUCUGGAUGCUCCACAAACCUUGAAAGGCGCCUAUGUGUGGUUUGACAAAAAAGUGUUAGAUUGGUAUGAUUACAAAGCCGAUUAUUACUUUAAGGUUAAGACCUUGAAUAAAAAUUAGAUUUUA